AGCCAUUUGAAAAUUAUUCUCGCGACAGUCAUCAAUUCACUACCAAAGUUUUCACAAAAUUGUUUCAAAAUGGCUAUUCAAACAUCACUUUCGUUGGUCAUUUCAAUGCUCUCGGCUAUUUUAAUUUUUUCUUCGAUGCAAUUUUGUAAACAACUUUUCUUGUCAUCUCAAAUGUUGACGAUUUUUGCCGGUAUCGUAGGGUCCUGGUUCUUUAUCAUGCUUUUAACAACUAUAUCGAAUUUAGAAGCAGUCGUUCUUGGAAAAGGAUUCCAGGCACGUUGGCCAGAAGUUAUUAUAAGUUUACUGUCUGCUUGUUUCGCUUGUUCCACAAUCCACCGUGUAAGCGUAACAACAUGUCUACUCACAUCAUUGAUAGGACUCUACUACAUAAAUAGGAUCUCACAAAAUUUCCAUUCCACACCAGUAACAGUUGACACUGGAAUAUCAAAAAAGAAGAAGAAAUAAUCUCUUAAUUGUCAUCGAAUAAAGUGUUCUAUUCACUUCUAAUUGCUGAAAAAAUAAGUAGUGAUUAAUAUAUGUAAAACAACAUUCUUUAUUAAUUAUACUUCAAUUAAAUUAAUCUGAUAAAUCUUCGGAAGAUUCAUUAUCAUAAUAAUCAAUAUUCUUCUUCUUUUCUUUUCUUGUGUUUCGCUUUUUUCCACCGGCUUUUUGUUGCGGAACUUCAACUUCCUCUUGAUCUUCUACUAUUUCCUCUUCAACUUUUGUUUCUACUUCCUCUUCCUGUUCCUUUUCUGGUUCUUGCUGUUUAGAAUCGUUUUCUUCCUUUUGCUUUUUCACCAACUCUACAAGAUAUUUGUAUCGUAAUUGACAUUCUUCUCUUGUUUUUCCUGGCACAGCAGCAGCAAUUUUCGACCAUCUGUCUUCAUUUCCUCGUUUAGGAUAUUUUUGUAUGGCAUUCUCAAGAGCUUUUUGCUGCUGUUGUGUCCAACCUUUCUCAGCUGAAGAACUGACAUCGGUUGAUCGAGUUUUAAUUUUCUUCGUAAUUUCUUUGUUAAUAUUUUCCACCAACUUUUCAGUGUCACCAGGGGAUUGAUAAACAUUGUCUUUCAGUUUAUAUGCCAUGAAAGUAACUUCACUGACAUUUCUACCCAUUGUCUCAGCAAUGAUUUCCCAUCGAUCAACAGUCCCACCUGGAUAUUUCUUUGUAAGUCUCGUUAGUUCCACCAAAUCAUCGUCAGUCCAUAAUCCGCCAGAAAUCGGAACUUUCACUUUAAUUUCUUCGUUGCCUUUAUGUUUAAUGAUUGUUGCAGAAUAAGCAGCCAACUCUUCAUCAGUUCGUUCCAUAAGUUUCGAACGCUGUUCCUUUCGACGUCUCAAGCCUUCUUUUCGUUCUUCUUUCUGCUGUUGUCUUUCUUCUUCCAAUUUUUUCAUUAAUUCUUCUUCUUCCUUUUCCUUUCGUUUCCUUUCUAACUCU